AUGAACGGACACGAGGAGCUAUGGGAGGUACUGGCAAGGAAAUGGACUAAACCUAUGCAGCAGCUAAAGUUGAAUGAAGGAAGUUAUCUGGUACAGACGCAGAGGCAGCAAUUAUGUAGGGCAAAGACAAGCCCUGAGCAACAGAGAUCCAUCAGGACUGAGAUACAGGGAUGGCUAAGAGGGGAGGGUGCGGGAAGAAUGAGCGGGCUCUAUCAGGAACUGUUAGAGGUACAGAGUCUGGAAACCGAAAGACAAGAACGAGACCGAGGGAUAAAUAUAGCAGCCAACAUGGUGGGAUAUAUAAUGGACCAACUCCGGAUGAGGGCAUACCGAGAGGAUUUGAGCGGGCCCAGUAGUGGACCGGCCUGGACCCAGGAGGAGAUAACGGAAGCUAUUUGUGAAAAGGAAGAAGGAGAGGAAACUGAGGAGGCCGAGGAUUUGGGGGCAAAUUUCCUGGGGUUAAUGACUUGUUUAAUGAUUUGGGGUUUAAAGAGCACAAACAUUCAGGUCAUGGAAGAGAACCACUUGCCCACUCAAUGCAGAAGUAUAUUUCCGAAGAUAACUCUCUCGCCACAAACAGUAAGAAGUUGGCAACAGGAGGAAGUGCCGGAACAGCCAGAGGCCACAGAACUUACUUCAACUGAUCACGAGGGCAGAACGGAACAGAUAUCGGACUGGUUUUCUCUUUUCGUCUCGAUACUAGAUAUACUGAGUCGAAUCUGCAGGACCUGUGGCCCUUAUAAACUCAAUGUAAUGAAGCCAAAUCCUGAUACAGUUGCACCAAGAAACCCAACUCUGUACUGUAUCAGGAGACAACAAAGACUAACCUGUCGGACCAACCCAGGAGAGGGAGAUACAGGGCUGCAAAUAUGGCUGACCGAGCAGAAGAACAUCCGAAGGAUCCACAACUCAAACCCAGUCCGAAGUGACCCCUUGAAAGAAAAGAGUUCCACUCGCCGCGCCGGGAAUCACCAUCAAGGCCAAGAUCCGUCCCCCGAAGGUAAGAAUGGACCACAAACUAACCUCGGGCAAGCGGGCGAAGGGGUAUUGAAAUCACAGGACUCAGAACCCCGACAGGACGGAGUCCUGGCAUCCUAUGGAGGGGAUCCAGGAAGGGAGGUGAAUAUCCCAGGAAACGAACAAGCGCCCACCGCGCCUCAGAAGUCCCAACCAGGAGUAGGAGGAAGAAGCCCCUUUCCACAACAGGACCCACACCAACCACCUAACGAGGAAAGAAGUUCCAGCACUGAACCGCCUCGAGUACCAGUGCCCGAAGACAAGACAAACUCCACCCCAGAAGAAGGUGAUAUCAAAUAUCCACCUCAGCAGUACAACAAUCCAACCAGCCAAGGAACAGGCCCACUCAUAGGCGGCAUAGUGGGCGUCACAAUCUUGGGAGGUUUGGCGUUGUAUGGGUGGAGGAGAGUCUACAGAGCCAAAGGGCGUUCCAACAUGAGUUAUAGACUGGGCUAUACGAUAAACAGAGAACUAGCUUUCAGAACCCCAACCUUAUAA